GUCACUGAAGUUCUCAGCCGUAAAGCAAACGAUCUUAAUAUUAAAAAUAAAUUUAAUCAGACACCUCUUCAUUUGGCAUCUAUGCAUGGGCACGGAGGUGUCGCUGAUGUGCUUCUCAAGAAUGGAGCUAACGCUGAUAUUGGAGAUGAUUCGAAGAAUACACCUCUUCAUUAUGCUGCUACACAUGGUCACAAAAAUGUUGCUGAACUUCUCAUCAAAAAAGGAGCCAAAGUUGAUGUUAGAAAUCUUGCGAAUCUGACACCACGUCAGUUAGCUGUUAGCCAUGGUCACAAUAAUAUUGCAGAACAAUUGGAAUAGAUUCAAUAUGCUGCCAACAAUGGUGGCGAAUAGCUGAAUAAUCGGAUGAUUUCCUUCGAUUCCCGUUUUCGAUUGUCCUGUAGAAGAAUUAUUCCAAUACAUUUUUUGUCAAUCUUUGACCAUAUCAAUUUGUGUGGUCAACAAUAUAAGUAUUGUUGCUUUGUUCAACCAUCAACUUUUCUGUUAGGCUUUUGAAUAGAAGAUAUCAUUUUGCUGUAUUUGUGCAACCUUAACUGUUUGUAUGUAAUAAGUAGGUAUCAUUGGAAAAAUAAACUUUUCUCAACCAGUGUCAAUCACAAUCACAACGUAGUUUCAACGCAUACUUACUCUCUGAAAAAUACCAGACUAUUUAAUUUACCCACUUCCACCACUAAUGUAGACACUACUCAAUGGAGCAACGGACUUGUCGUCACACGCGUAGAUUUCACUCUAUUUAGCGAAU